CGGUACUAGACCGCGAUGGUCAACCACGAUCCGCAGCCUGUGCUGGUCCCCGACCAGUCCCGACCCAAGUCAGUCGUCACCUCGAAUCAGCUUGCGCGUCAACUGCGGUCCUGCAAGGUUUGCCGGUUCCGCAAGGUCAAGUGCGAUCGCGUCAAACCCUGUCAUGCAUGCUGUGCUCAUGGGUAUCCCUCCAAAUGCACUUACGACACCGGGCCCGAUGAUAGCCUCCAACCCAUAAGCCAAGCGGACGAGAUCCGUAAUCUCCGAAAUGAGAUCCGUCAGCUGACGGCCCAGCUCAACGCUCGUGAUCAACGCAACCGGAACCGACGCCGUCUAGCGCAGCUGCAAGGCCUGGUCGAUACGAUUCGCUCUGCCCCCUCAGAGGUCGUGGAUGGGAUCAUCAGCAGUAUCCGCACGACCUCUCGGGCCGUUACGCAUGGUUCGGUACUUGCAUCCGGCGAACGGACAGAAGGCGACACCAUCGCAACAACCCAACGCUAUAGAUCGGACGAGAGUGAUGAUAGUGCAGACACGGAAGAUAAUAUCUACUAUCGGACAGGCCAUCGCGAUGGCAGUCGAAGUUCAUCCGAAGACAGUGAGGAUUCGAGCUACGGCUCUAUCUGUCAAAUGAGCACGUCGAAACCCAUGCUCGAGGUUUUCAUCGAACGGUUCGUGGAUGCUUUUAGCCCAGAAGUCGAUGCCAAAGCAGGCCAUGCGGGUGCGCUGCGACGCGCCGCGGAAAUUCGCAUGUUUUCGCCGAUCCUGAUGGACGCGUUUCAGUCCGUAUCGGUGGCUUUCUUCGGUCGAUCCGUGCAGAACAAGGAGGUCGAGGCUGCGGGAUUCAGCCUUUAUCCACGGGUACUCCGCAGUUUACAGCAGGCGUUACAGGACCCCGAGCGGAGCAAGGCUGAGUCGACCCUGGUCACUGUCAUCUUGCUGAUGGCGUUCGAGAGUGUGGAGCGUACCACCCAGGUGUCCCUGAUUGCCCAUGUCAAUGGUGCACUGCGAUUGAUCGAACAUCGAGGUCCCGAGAACCAUGUUCACGGUGUGGAGCAUUUAUUAUACACAGAACUCCGACCGUACUGGGUAUCUGCAGCCCUCGUCAGCCGCACCCCAUCUUUUCUUGCUCAAGAGGACUGGAUCAAUCUUCCGUGGUCAGCGAAGACUACCAAGAAAGAUAUACUGCAUUAUUUAAUGGACCUUGCUGUCGAGAUUCCAGCUCUGUUGUCUCAGUUUGACGACCUUCAAGCCACUCUUGCCUCGAAUAUGGCGAGUGCACAUGAAAUCAAGGUUAAACAAGCAACUCUCUGGAAUGGCGUCGCCGACUUGACACAUCGCUUCCGCCAGUGGAAAACGGAAUGGGUUGACCACUACCCUGACGGACCACCCAAGGAAGUUGAGGCGCUACCAAACGACGAGUUUCCCGUUUUCCAAUGUCGAGACCUUCGCACCGGUGCCAUUAUAACCCCUACCAAAUAUGUUUAUCCAGACCUCCGCUUAGCCCAGACCAUGUGUUUAUACUACACCACACGGUUGGUCCUAUCAACGGCGGAUUGUCGACCGACAGACCGCGUCGGGCCUGCAGAACAGUAUGCCUUGGGGUGCGGUAUUUGCCGAACUCUCGAGUGGUACAUCUUGACUGCCCCUGGAAACAUGAUCAAUCGCCUCGCUUUCCCAGUGCGCGUGGCCUGGGAGGUGUUUCCGGAUGGAGGCCCUGAACGACUUUUCAUGUAUGAGGUGCUCAAAUUGGUGGAGAAACGGCAUUCACUCGGGCUUUGGGGUAGUGGGAUGUCCGAACUUUCUCCCCGGGCAGGCUCCCCCUGAUAGAAAGGAUUCCAUCGGCAGUCGAUGAUCGCUGGACGACUGCGGCUGCACUGUAGUGAAAGUACGGGAGGGUGUCAAAUGAGCUGAUGACUUUCAUCGAAGUUGGCACAUUUCAUGGACGACGUGUUGUAUAUGCUUUUUAUGUAUCGGUAUAAUCAUGAACAUUUUCUAUUACGCCAGAC